GCCAAACUGUAUGCACAUCAUUUACUUUCCCCUGAUCUGUAUAGUAACCUGAACAAAGAAAGGGAGAUCACUUCGUCGAGUGUGUGAUGAUGCGACGUUAACGACGUCAUUCAAACAUUACGCACAAACGUUUAUGACGUCAUUACGUUAACGACCAAAUCAGUUAAAGACUUCAUUUUGUGAAGAACUGCAGCUAAAUCAGCUGUCAUCUUUUUUUACAAACAAGAAACUAUUAGAAUGGAUACAAUAUAUCAGCCUACAUUUGUUUUUUCGCGGAACGGAACACUGAUAACCAAUCGGUUUGUUGAGUUUCGGAAGUUGUGUGCAACUUUUGCGGAUGAAAUUACAAAAGGAAAAGAUCCAACAGCAAAAAUAUUAACCAGGAUUACACAAUUCCCGCCACUUAGGGGUGUCCCCCUUUUAAACGAGGCAUUUGAUUUACUGAAGGAUUCUGCGUUUGAAUACCAUAUGUCACGUGACAAGGGUAACAUUGACCAUUGGCUUGAACCACAUGACCAAGGAGAUUCAAAGGGUUCGAACCCUUCAUUAAACAAUUUGAGGAGAAUAAGACAGAAAGAUGAUGCGUUCUUACCUAAAAAAGAAAUGACCACAUGUACGAAACUGUUCCGGAAAUUGUCACAGAUCUGCCAUAAACACGAGCAAGCACUUGAAUCCUUGAGGAAAGCUAUUAAGGAAUACAAGGAACUGGACCGGAAUUGUAUGGAAGCAUACAGACAGAUGAAUGCAGCAGCCGACAAUUUCAACGAGUAUGCUAACGAUAUCGACAGCCAAAAUUGCUUUAAAGAAGCUAGCUUUGAAGCACACAAGGUUUAUAUUCAGAUGACAAAAGAAUAUAUCACGUGCAAAGAAAAGUCCAAGCUGGCAUUAGAGAAGAUGUACCCUCUGUACAAAACAGAAAAACAAAUCAGAGAGGAGCGUAUGAAUAAGUUAGACAAGGAUCUAAGAACCAUGAUAGUGAGAGAGAUGGAGGACACACUGACAGAAGGAAUGAAAAUAUUGACGACGAUAGCUGCAGCAGCUCGUUUCUCUCCAGAUCUUAUCGAUACAAUUGGAAACUUCGAUUGUGCCAUCAUGGCGGAAAAACUUUACAAAGAUUUGUGCAUGAAGUAUUUCCAUCCAGUCAUAAAUCAGAAACAUCUUGGCGAGGUACUGGGAAACACGUUCUACUCUUCCCCACACGUUUAUGUCAUGGAUAAAGAUGAGCGGAGAUUUCGAAAGCAUGAGAGUUGUUUAUCUCUACUAGAGGGAGAAUCAAAACUGUUUAGACAAGAGGAGCUGUAUGUAUGGUCAAAUUACACUUUAAAUGUUGAAGAAAAAGAUGAUAUGCUCAAGUUAAAACAUGAUAUGGACAUCAAGCAGAAGUUUUGUUCUGUUGACGGCAGACUUGCGUUUGGAUGGACAAGGAAGUUCGACUGCGGAAAGAAACAUUAUGGAUUCUAUCCCACAAAUGUGACAAGACUAGUUCGAUGAAAAAAUUUUAACCACUAUGAUUUUUAUAAACAUGAAAAUAUUAAAUGUAUACAUUUAUUUUGGAGAACAUUCUGUUGUUGUUUUUGUUGUUGUUGUUUUUUAUUUACCAUUAAGUUAUCGGGAGAAUUU